UGCCUCUCUCUCUGGAAUGCUCACUGCGCAGUCAGCCUCCAUCCUGGCCUCUCCAGGAGCCCACCUGCGCUGCCCCUUAGCCUUCCCAGCUCACUUCUGCCCUGAAACCUCCCUUCGAAGGAGUCAGGUCUGGAUGCUUCUUGGGAUGCUCAGGCGUCUGUGAGGCUAUGGUUCCCAGUCCCGCCUCAUCCCAGCGCCCAGGACCACUGCAACACACACCUCAGCUCCUGUCGCUGGACUCCACAGGUUUACCGUCUCAGCCAGCUAGCGCCAACGCGAGCGCGCGUGCGCGAACGCGGCGUUCCCGCGCACCACCCCUGGUCGCGCGGAAGCCAGACUGGGCCGUUACCACCGCGGGCCGCGCUUCAGCUCCUCCACCUGCGACGGCGGCGAGGCCGUCGUAAAGCGCAGCCGUGCCGACUGCUGCAAGGCGACUUAUGACAGCCUCCGGUUUGACUUACGGCGGGCGGCCGGCCACAUUCCUCCCGUUUGGAUCCUCGGCCUUCUCGCCCGGCGGAAACCGUGUCUGUGCGCCGGUCCCCUCAGCGCGCGCCGCCGGGCACGGUCGGGCUCCGGGGACCUCGGGCGCCCGCCUGCCGCCGGCCAGCUCUUCCGCCCGCCUUCCUCCCGGCGUGCACUGCGGCGCGGCCAUGUUGCCGUAGUGUUGUUUUCUUCCUGCGGAGGCGAGAGGCCGCUGCGGACCGCGACGCGCGGGCCUCGCCUCUGCUCGCUCGCGGGCUCCGGCCCUCGCCGCUCCCCCGCCUCCCCGGCCCGCACCGGCGCCGUCGGCCGCCAGAGGCUCGGGGGACGGCUGAAGGCCGGGCCCGGGGACCACCAUGGCGGCCGCUCUGGGCGCGGGCGGAGGAGCAGGCGCUGGAGAUGAUGAUUUUGACCAGUUUGACAAGCCUGGUGCAGAACGGUCCUGGAGAAGAAGAGCUGCCGAUGAGGACUGGGACAGUGAACUGGAAGAUGACUUGCUUGGAGAAGAUUUACUGUCUGGCAAAAAGAAUCAGUCGGAUUUGUCAGAUGAAGAACUGAAUGAUGAUCUUCUACAGAGUGAUAAUGAAGAUGAAGAAAAUUUCAGUUCUCAGGGUGUCACCAUCAGUCUGAAUACCACUUCUGGCGUAGUUACAUCAUUUGAGCUGUCUGACAAUACCAACGACCAAUCUGGGGAACAGGAAUCUGAAUAUGAACAAGGAGAAGAUGAGCUAGCCUACCACAAACCCGAGGAACAAGAACUGUAUACUCAAGAGUACCCAGAGGAAGGACAGUAUGAAGGCCAUGAUGCAGAGUUGACAGAAGACCAAAUAGAAUAUGGGGAUGAGCCAGAGGAGGAGCAGCUGUACAAUGAUGAAGUGCUAGACAUCGAAAUCAAUGAACCUUUAGAUGAAUUUACAGAUGAAGAAUACUUGCAGGCUUAUGGUGGGCAACAAGGGCUGCAAGUGCGGGAAGACUGUGAGGCUGAAGAUGACUUAGAUGAGAUUACUGAUUCCCAGGUUGCUUCUGAGACCCACGAGGGAGGGAUGGAAACCCUGGAACUCCAGAAAGACAUGAAAGAAGAAUCAGAUGAAGAAGAUGACGAUGACGAAGAAUCUGGAAGAUUGCGUUUCAAAACUGAAAGGAAAGAAGGAACAAUUAUUAGGCUCUCAGAUGUAACUAGAGAGAGAAGGAACAUUCCAGAAACUUUGGAGCUUUCGGCAGAAGCCAAAGCUGCAUUGCUUGAAUUUGAAGAAAGAGAACGACAGCAUAAGCAGGGACGCUAUGGUUCCCGGCGGGGAGGAAGGCGAGGAGGCUCUCUGAUGUGCCGUGGCAUGGGAGACCAGAGACGAGAGAACAGUGAGAGGGGAAGGAUGAAGGAGCACAGGCCCGCCCUGCUUCCUACACAGCCUCCUGUCGUGGCUCAUUCUCCAAGAUUAAUCCCUCCUCCACAGCCGCAGCCUCCUCCACCACCGCCACCACCUCAGCAGCAGCCAAUCAGAAGUCUUUUCCAGCAGCAGCAGCUGCAGCCUCUACUCCCCUUACAGCACCCACAUCACCCCUCCCCACCUCAGGGAGUGCACAUGCCCCCCCAGAUUGAGACUCCAAGGAUGAUGCUGACUCCUCCCCCAGUGACUCCUCAGCAGCCUAAGAACAUCCACAUCAAUCCACACUUCAAGGGGACUGUGGUGACCCCUGUUCAAGUGCCCUUGCUGCCAGUUCCGAGCCAGCCGAGGCCUGCUGUGGGACCCCAGAGAUUCCCAGGCCCUCCAGAAUUUCCACAGCAUACACCUGGACCUGUUCCCAACAGUUUUAACCAGCCACCUCGACUUCCUCUCCAGGACCAGUGGAGAGCCCCACCACCACCUCAGGAACGAGACCCUUUCUUCUUGGGAGUUUCAGGUGAACCAAGGUUCCCCAGUCAUCUUUUCUUGGAACAGCGAAGUCCUCCACCACCUCCUCCUCCCACACUCCUGAACAGCAGCCAUCCUGUCCCCACUCAGAGUCCCUUACCAUUCACUCAGCCUGGACCAGCAUUUAAUCAGCAAGGACAGCAGCCGGUGUUCCCUAGAGAGAGGCCUGUAAGACCAGCCCUGCAGCCCCCAGGCCCAGUGGGGAUCCUACACUUCAGCCAGCCAGGGUCAGCAACUGCCAGGCCUUUCAUUCCUCCUAGACAGCCUUUCCUACCCAGCCCAGGACAGCCGUUCCUGCCUUCACAUGCACAGCCUAACCUUCAGGGACCCUUGCAUCCUCCGUUGCCGCCACCUCAUCAACCACAGCCUCAGCCUCAGCAGCCCCAGCAGCAGCCCCAGCAUCACCAGCACCAGCCACCCCUUCAGCCUCCCCUCCAGCCUCCACACCAGCCUCCCCCACAGCAUCAGCCGCCCCCUCAGCAUCAGCCACAGCAGCACCAGCAUCACCACCACCUUUCCGCUCCUCCCCCUCCUCUGAUGCCCAUGUCUCAGCCACAGUUCAGGCCGCAUGUGCAGACUGCUCAGCCUCAGCCCAACAGCAGUCGGAUGCAGUGCACCCCACGUCAGGGGCUACGACAUAAUUCAGCAUCUCAGAGUAUAAGCAAACGGCCCAUGCAGCAGAUGCAACCCACUGCUCCCAGAAACAGUAAUCUGCGUGAACUCCCCAUAGCACCUUCCCAUGUAUUGGAAAUGAGUGGUAAUCGCUGCUCCUCCACACCUGCAGCUCAGGUGAAGCCCAUUGUCAACACAUCCCCACCCUGCAGGGCUGUGGUGGCUUCUCGGAGCUCACAGGGGAAAACUGAUGCAAAAGUCAAGCCGCUUAGCCCUGGGGCUCAACCUAAGGAAGACACAAAAGCAGAGCCAGAGUUCCCUGAUGAAGAUGAAGAGACAAGGUUAUAUCGACUAAAGAUAGAGGAGCAGAAGCGUCUGAGAGAAGAAAUCCUCAAGCAGAAGGAGUUACGAAGGCAACAGCAGGCUGGUGCCAGGAAGAAGGAGUUACUGGAAAGACUUGCACAGCAGCAGCAGCAGCAGCAACAGCAACAGCAGCAGCAGCAACAACAACAACAGCAACAGCAGCAGCAACAGCAGAUCUACGGGCCACAGACCCCUGUGGAGCAAGAGGAGCUGGCAGCUACACCAUCGCCCACAAAUGGUAACCCACUGUUGCCCUUUCCAGGGGCACAGUGCCGGCAGAAUGUGAAAACCAGACUUCUUGUUAAAAACCAAGAUGUUACCAUUGCUAAUGUUCAACCCAAGGCAGUAAACUUUGUCCCGCCUGGUGCUAACAUGCAGCAUCAAGGGCAGCAUGUGAGACCGCUGAAGCAUCUGAGACAGCUGCCACACAAAGUCCUCCAGGUCAAGCCUAUGGACAUAGAGGAGCCCCCCAACUCCCCACAGGCAGCCAGAGUGACGUCCCUCCAGGGCCGGCCUCAGGACACCAAGCCAGGGGUGAAGAGGACUGUCAUGCACAGGGCCAACAGUGGAGGUGGUGGAGAUGGGCCACAUGUCAGCUCCAAGGUCAGGGUGAUUAAGUUGUCUGGAGGGCAGGGAGGAGAGAGUGAUGCCUUUUCUCACUCAGAGAGCCAACCCCAGCGGCUUCCCCAGCCUCCGGACAUGAGACAGCAGUCUACUCGCAAGGUGACGCUGACCAAGGGGGGCCCUCAGCAGCCCCAGCACCUGCCUGUGGGGCCCCACAUGUACCCGGCUAUUCCUCCAGGGAUCAAAAGCAUCCAAGGGAUUCACCCAGCCAAGAAGGCCAUCAUGCAUGGACGAGGCCGAGGAGUGGCAGGUCCCAUGGGCCGGGGGCGCCUAAUGCCAAAUAAGCAGAACCUUCGAGUGGUGGAAUGCAAGCCACAGCCCUGUGUGGUGUCCGUGGAAGGGCUGUCCUCAUCCACCACUGAUGCCCAGUUGAAGAGCCUGCUGAUGUCUGUGGGGCCAAUCCAGAGUUUACAGAUGCUUCCCCAGCAACGGAAAGCCAUAGCAAAGUUCAAGGAGCCAGCCCACGCGCUAGCAUUUCAGCAGAAAUUCCACAGGCACAUGAUUGAUCUCUCCCACAUAAAUGUGGCCCUGAUAGUGGAGUGAUCUUGAAUGGGAAAAUCUGACCUCAUGCUGCACACACUGUGGAAUUUCUUCAAGGAAGCUAUAGGUCGGCACAGGAUCCCCAGAAGUGUAGGUCUCUCCGGUCUACAGUUUGCCAACUUGUCUGCGCGCCAGCCAGCCACAGGGUGAUUCCAGAAGAGAGUUAAACUGGUGGACAUGGGAUUGGAGUCUGGUGUUAGAUUGCUUUGAAUUUGUUGUCCACAAGAACUCUGUUCUCGUGUUCUUUUGUUUCCAAGUGCUUACAGUGCAUGUAGACCUUGUUCUUUGUGAUCCUACUAUGUGAUUGGUCACAGUCUUAGAUUCAGGAAAGAAUGUUACCAGCUCAAAUUCCAAGGAUUUUUCCACAGCGAAGAAUAUUUGAUAAUGGUUGCACUUAUCUUCAGUACAGGCUAGAAAAGAAUUCUCAACCAGGCUUAACUGGAGUGGUCUCAGAAAGCCCUCACAGGCUCUGGUAAAGCAUAGGUAAAAAUUCGGGUGAUUAUGAUUGACACUCACCUGCCCUGGAAAGCCAGGGUGUGAGAUGGGUGACUGGGAUUGGUGCCAUGGAAGUGGCGAUUCUGCUUCUUGUAAAUGCUUCCAAAGUGCUGCCUGUUUCAGCAGAAACUCUCAGGUGGGCACGUGCUAGCUAAGCAAGCACAGGGAGCUCCAGGGCCGGUGGCUCUGUCACCCCACAGGCAGCCUCUUGGCCUAGUUUCCUGGCACAGGUUGAGGCACUGCUUGAAGGGUAGUCAGACCUACUUGGGCCCUCUGCUUUUUAAAUGCCCUAGCUCUGUGGUGUGCGCUGUCAUUGCUUUGAUUACCUCACUGUCCUUCAGGGCUCUGAGUUUCUUUGGGUUGCCCUUCUGUCUCACAUGUGUGAGGGAUGGAUUUAUUUCUCAGCAAGGCUGAUGCUGCUCAAGAUAAGUGUAUCUGUCCACAUUAGUCAUUUUGGUCAAUUCCAACAGGUGAGACUCGCUUUCUACAAAGUAUCCAUAGAAGUCCAUGCUGUGCAGACACUGAACACAGUGCCUUAUUAUGUUUCCCCCAUGAGCGCGUCAGUGUUUGGGACACACUCUAAACUGGGCAAUGACCCUAGGCCGCACUCAGGACUUUUUAGUUGUAUUUAUACCUGUAAUGUUAUUUUACAUAUCUUAACAGGACUGACGGAGACAGAAGUCUGUUGUCACUUACUGUCACAGGGUAAUGAGUAGGUGCAGGAUUUGAAGCAGCUGGCUUCCACAGCUGACGUUUUACUUUGCGUUUUCAAUGAGGUUGCCAGUGUUAACAACUGGAGAACGGUAUUCCAGGCCCUGUGAAACUGCAUGGGACCAAUUCAGAGAUGAUAUUAGUGCUGGCAAGGAGCACUGGGGCAGUAUAGUGGUUGUUUGGGUUCCAGGCAAUUGAGGUGAGGUAUUCAUAGGGUAUCUUAGAAGACCUUGUGGCUAUGGUACCACCUCCAACCACAAAGCCUCUGCCUCGCCCCUGGCGGGUGCACUGAGAGUCAGCCUUUACCAAGCUUGGCCCUACCCACCCAAGUGCUGCCAGCUGGUCGCUCCACUGCCACUCCCACUCAUUUCUCUUAGACACAGGGGUGUUGACAGAUCAUUCACUAAAUUGGCGAGUUUGGUAAUAUGUUAGCUCUAGCUGGACGAGAUAGAGGCCAUGUAGGAAGUUGAGGAUUAGGACACAGUAAAAGGAGUUUGACAGGUGCUUCUUAAAUAGUUUUGAGUGCUGGGCCUUUAAAACCCAAAUCUGCAUUUUUGUCUGAAAAGUAGGCACUGGCGCAUUGAAGUCACUUCAGGAAACAUCCUCAUCAACACCACUGUUCACCUCAGGCCUCAGGGCCACUUUGAGUGUGAUGAGGUACCCAGGAGCAUGUGUGUCCCUUAACAGUCUGCACACAUGAGCCAGCUUUCUCUUUUGCAGUGUCCAGAGAGACCAGCUCCAAACACUGCUUAGAACAGCCACUCACUCUGGCCUUGGUGCACGUCCACCUGGAGUGGACUGUCAGAGCAGGCAGGCCAGUCUUCAAGGCUUAGCUUCUGUGAAGGAAACCACAGAAAGAUAAAGAAGCAGAAUUAGAAAGAACGCUCCCCACUUGCAGUGCACUUCUCACAGUGACGUCACACCACCACCCGAACUCCAACCGUGGAAGAUCUGCUGCAACCAUUAUCUCUGUUCUUUCUUUAUCAUGCAUUUCAAAUGAGAAGAAAAGCAUUAGCAUACUGUGUAAAUAUGGACCUUUUGAGAUUAAAACGUUAUUGGAAAUGCUUUCAACUCAAACAGCAACAUCUUAGCUAUUUGUUAGUUCUUUUUUUUGUUGUUGUCUUAUCAAAGUUUAAUGGAGACACUUUCGUAAUUGUUGUUGUGUGUACAUUCGAUUUUCAUAAAGAUGGUAGUAAGUCAAUACAUUAACCCUCAUCUGUGUAUUAUUUGUUCACAAGUUCCAGAAGGUUGAAGGAAUGACUCUCGUAUCUGUCCUGAGGUGGAGAGUAGGGGGAGGGGAUAGAUAACUUUCCCUCUUUUUGCCUUGUUUAUUUUGUGCUGUAAUGAUUGUGAGUUCACUUAGCUGCUUACCUCAACAUAACCUUGUGUUGCCCUUGGCUUGGCCACAUUUGUUAAAUCCUUAUAUUGAUACUCUUCUUGAGGGGGAAAUCUCACCUUUUCUUUUCUAAAAGAGAUUCUGAGGUAAACUCCCACCUUGGCCCCCACCCAACCCAAAUAGGCAGCUUCUUGUGCAGGUCCUGCGCCCAUGCCUUGUCGUGGAGGAGUGUGGCUGGAUGGGGUGGGAGGUGGGUUUUCCAUAACCAUUUUCAUCUGGGUAGUUCUCAUAUGAUGUGCAAAGGUCCGGCUGGGAUGGUUGUCUGAAUCAGGAUGGAGCUUAGGUCCUGCACCUAGGGGUUAUUUUCCCCCCAAGCAGCAUUUGGCCUGCGGCAGGUAGAAGAGGGCUUUGCUGCUCACAGAAGCUGGCAGGGAACCUAAAAGGCAUGGGAGGGAGGACUGGACAGUGGUCCGGUGGAUGAGGAGAGAGAGAGUCUUAAGGAUGGGAAUGUCAGUGAUAUACACCUCUGAUGGGUCCCCAAGGGUGGUCUUUCACUCAAGUGUAGAGCCCCACAGAUGGGUACGUAAGGGAAUUCUUAGACAUAGGCUAGGUGAAGGAUCUUUCUUGGAGGACUAGGCUUAAGAACUAUACCUGUUUUCUGUCUUGGUUUUUGUUUUGUUUGUCUUUUAUUUCCUUGUAGCAAUAUUGGGAAGGUAAGCUUGAAGUAGACCGUUGGCUGAUGCUAGUCAAAGAUAGUGGUGUAAAGGCACUAGCCCAAGAGGUCUGUGCAGUAGCUACGUAUUAUUCUUGGUCGUCAUUGGGUGCUCUGAGGCUCUUCUCUGUGUCCUCUGACCCAAGACCAAACGAACAAGUCAGGAAGCAUGUCCCUGUGCCAGAGCUCUGGGCUCCAAGGGGCGGCUCUGUUGCUUGCUGUUUCCCUUGCUGGGAAUCAGCUUGAAUUCCUGCCUCCCCCUUGUUGGCCCCAGCUUUGGCCUUGCAUCCUCACUCUCAUGCCCAUUUGUUUUUGUUUCUCAGAGAGGGAGAAGAGGCCUGGGAGAGCUAGUGGGAAAGGUGUUGACCAUGCGAGACCGUACCUUGAGGUGCUCUGCAAAGGAGCUGACUAAUGGGCACAGGGUGGACAAGAACAAGACCCCUCCCCACAGAGGAAGCCGUGAGAAGCUUAGCUCAGUUAUGGGAGAGCCUUAGAUACUUGACCAUGUCCAAUAAUACUGCAACGGUGGCUUGGGGAUUUUCAAUUUUGUGAAGUGUUAUUUUUACAUUAAAUAUAAAACUUGGAAAGGCAGUUAGCCUUGACUUAUUAAAUCCUAAGGAUUUUCUGUAAGGUUUUUUGCAACCUAUUUAGUUUUUGUCAUUUAAAAUGCCUAACUUCUUAGGUACACAAACCCAUGGCUUUGUGUACUGGAACCAGAGUAAUCCACUGAUUCAUAUUGGAUCCCAGGUAUACCUCCUGCUGGUAUCAGGGGUCAGGAAAGGGCACUUGUUAACGUACCUCACCUGACUUUCCUAGAAACUGCUGCUCAUCUAACUCUUUCUGUUAGUGUGUUGGUAGGAUAGGCUGAAAGGACAGGCACUUUCACUGAGAAGCUCUCUCCUUGUCCCUUAGACCUACCGUAGGGAGAGAUAAGUGUUCUUCCUGGUUCAGUUUACUGAUUUGAAAAGGUUUGUGGGGAAAUGCAGAUGAUUUAGAGAGAACUUUGUGUAAUUUUUGUCUCACAAGUCUCACAGGUGGGAUGGGCAGGUGCAUGUUACUGUGUGCUGUGUUUGGAAGUUUAAUGUGCUCUAGAUAGUAGACCUCUUGACCUUCUUAGAUGACUCUCUGCUAAACUACUUUUCAUUUUAAGGACACGUGUAGCGGAGGCUGGUUUGGGGACUAACACCUUUUGCAUUCUGCACUGUUGUCUUAGAACACACACUUUGUAGACAGCAUGUUGCACCCAGCCUCGCUGACUGGCCCUGAGGAGCAGAUAACCGCUUGUUCUUUACAUUUCACAGGUGUGGGAUCCAGAGCUGUGUCCUCUGUGAGGAUUUCCCUCCUAGGCAUUAAUGUCACUGUUUAAUUUGCAGGUGCAGCGGUAAUGGAGUGUGGUUUCCUUUAUGAGUCUCUGAUGUUCUGUUCUCUUCUCCCACUCUUGGGUCCACUCCCCAGGCCUGGCUGGGCUCUGGCUCGGCUCUGGCUCCCUCCUUCCCUUCUGCUUCCUUCCCUCUUGUUCACACCUGAGCUAUUGUCACUCUCCCCUCCUGGUGAUCCUCCCGUGUGCAUGCUCUCUGCCUCUACUUCCAUGGUUUCCACACUUGCAGUGGCCACUGAUACACUUGAGUCAGGCUCCCUCUGACAGGAGGGGACAUUGUGGAUGUCUGCACCAGGGCCACAUCUCCAGUCUCUCUAACCCUUUUGCCUCAACAGGUCUUUCCUGGGAUUUGCUCCUCCAGAACCUGAAUUGGAGGGCCUGACCUUUUGCUUGUUAUUUUGCAGUUUGACUCUGGGCCUAAAGAUGCCAGUGCCUCUCAGCUGUGGUCUGCAUGUCAUUAACCACCCCUCUCUGUUUUUACCCCUCUACCUUUGCAGGACCCAGGGCGUGGGUCAGUGUUAGUGGUAGCGUGCUUUCAUUCGCUUGGAAGUGGUGGCCGUGUGGCCGUUAUACUGCCCCUGCUGAUAUGGCCUCGUCGUCGUGUAUGUGUGUGCGCCUCCCUGCUGUGCAGGCAGCUGGGAGUGCGACUAUGUUGCUGGAAGUGCGCUGGCUGCUUAGAAACCACGAGACACCGCCUUGCUUUCUUCUGGCCUCACUGUUCUGCCGGUCUUCGUGUUUCUGCCAGUCACGUGCUCUUCCCAUAUGAGUGACACUGCCGUGCUUUACUCCAGUUUUCCUUGGCAUUAACCACUUGGGAACUCUUUCAGGCUGUGUAUGUGAAAAAUAGUAGUGACGUAGGAGCAAAGAAAAUGUAUUGUUGUGUGUAUCAUUUGUGUGGUUUCAUAGCAAAUAAUGUGUUUGAGCUGUACUGUAACCAAAAAUUCUGUCAAUAAAAUAUUAGAGGUUC